AUGGACUCUAUUCAGACACCGGGGGAUGAUCGGGAGGCUUACAAGAUGUAUAAUAUGUAUAAGCGGGCAGAAAAUCUUGACUCAGGCUCAAAACUCAACUCGAUACCGGCAAGCAAUCGCACCAGCAAGUCAAGUCUUUACACCAUGAGCGAUCAGACGUUCCAUACACCAUCAUUUGGCGACGAAGAGUUUGAUAUUCCUCUUAUCCACGGUCAACACGCUCCGAGUGGAAACAAUCAAAAUUCUCACAUACAGUACACCCAGAUUCACCACCCUACACCUCAGGUGGGUAUGAUAAACCCUGCUCAAGAUGGUUUAGCACCACCUGGAGGUGCUCCCUCAUAUCAACAACCUCUUUAUUUGCAAGAGCCGCAUACACCUGUCACAUCUCACAGUGGCGCCUGUGCUCCUGCAGGAAACUAUAUAAUCCAGCAGCAACCUGGAGGACAGCAACAAUUGUUAAUGUUACAGCCAACCCAAGUCAUGAGUGGUCCACCAACACCUAGCACUCCCACUCAGUCUGCACCUGUAUAUGGUUCACCACAAAGAGCAUCUCCGCCUGGCACAACUAGUGAUGAUUCUGAUGACAGUGUUCCAUCACAACACUCUCAGUUGCCUGGUGAUGCAGAAAGCCUUCUGCCGAUCCAUUAUUGCUCAGCGAGCCGGCAGCAACAAACUGCGCUUCAUCAGAUGAACAUGAACAUGGGAGUAAAAAGAUCUUCUCCAGAACCCAUGGAUAAUGGAGUGAACCGUGGACAAAUGCAGAAAAAACCUAAAGUUCAAAAGAAGAAGAAAAAAAGGGACCCUAAUGAGCCACAAAAACCAGUAUCGGCAUAUGCUUUAUUCUUUCGUGAUACACAAGCGGCAAUAAAAGGGCAAAAUCCAAAUGCAAGCUUUGGUGAAGUUUCAAAGAUUGUUGCUUCUAUGUGGGAUGGGUUAGACUCUGAACACAAAAGUGUGUAUAAGCAAAAAACUGAGGUUGCCAAAAAAGAGUACCUUAAAGCACUUGCAGCCUAUCGAGCCAGCUUGGUAUCAAAGGGUUCAGAACAAGAAAACCAAGUGCGAUUUAGUCACAACAAUGCAAAUGCUAACUAUGGGAAUUACUAUCAAGGCCAAGCUUAUGGAAAUGGACAUUCACCUCAAGCAUUUGUGCCUAACAGUACCCCCCAAGGUUACUCACCACAAACAUAUCCAGGUGGUCAGUCACAAAACUCUUAUGCUGGACAACCAACACAGGGAUAUCCAACAAACCCUCAACAGUCACCUCAAGGUUACCAAGGAAACAUUGGACAUCCUGGUCAAUCAUAUCAAGCUGUUUCUGGACAAUCGCCAAAUUAUCCUGUGAACCCAGCUGCAUCUCCACAGAACUGUCAACAAAACAUGGCACAUUCACCACGAAACUAUCAACCUACACAAUCUCCGCCAAAUUAUCCAAACAAUGCUGGCCUUUCUCCACCUAAUUAUAGACAAGUGCAGUCUCAAUCGCCACCAAUGGCAAAUGUACAUGCUGCGAUGCAGUAUCAUCAUAGUCAGCAGAUACAACAAGUUCAGCAAUAUCAACAACAGCCACAACAGAAUCAUCAGCAUCAACAAAAUCCAAAUCAGCAGAUUCACCAACAGCAACAACAGCAGCAAGCACAACAAAUACAACAACAACAACAAGCACAGCAAUUACAGCAACAAGCCCAACAAAUACAACAACAAACACAGCAAAUCCACCAACAAGCCCAGCAAAUGCACCAGCAACAGGCAUCAUCACAACAAAUUCUUCAAGUGCAACCUCCGCAACAUCAGACUCAAAACCAAACUCAACUCAAGACUGAACAUGGAAAUAAUAAUAAUGGAUCCUCUGGAAUGCCUCAGAUGACAUCAGAGCAAAGCGAAACGAAAACCACGUCGUGUGUACGUCAGGGUUGCACUAACCCUGCAAUUGCCAAUAGUGAAUGGGAAGAUGAGUACUGCUCUAACGAAUGUGUUGUGAGUCAUUGCAGAGACGUCUUCAGUUCUUGGGUGGCUUCCAAUACAAACAAUCAAAUGAAAAACUUUUCAGCAGUUAAAUAA